AUUUACUAAAUGUGGCAGUAGAGGAAUACAACUUUUUACCAGCUUGAGAACAGCAUGAUAUUUUUUGUUUUUCUGUGUGUGCUGUCAUUUCCAGCAGCUGUUUUUACUGGUAGGAUUUGCCUUUAAUCAGGUUCUCACUCCUUGCAGUUCCUUGUAACUUGCAUUAAAAGAGAGGCACCACUUCCUGAAUUUAGUGUUUUAUAUAUGUUGGAUGACAUCCCAGUUGGAUAUUAUGAUUCAGAGACGAGAAUCUACAUUCCAAGAGGAAAUACUACAAAUGAAGAUGAGGAGGUUGAUCACAUAAGUUAUAACAUAAGGGAAUUUUUGCAACCUAUUAUUUUGAGUAGACUUGCAGGAAGGUUUGUGAACAAAACAAAAGGUCCUUUGGUUCAUCAGAUGUUGAGUCUGUGUGAAGUGUCGGACAAUGACAAACCUGGGCAAAUGAUCACUAAGAUUGCUUUUGAAGGCUCCACUACAGAUGAAAUACGUUUCAUUGAUGACACAUUAACACAUCAAGGCAUUGAAAAACAAUCAACACUACAUCUAGAGAUAUACAGAUAUCGUCAUGCGACUGUACACUACCCACGCUGCACAACAGGUCUCAGAAAGUACCUUAAAAAAAGAGGAAUGCAAGGAAAGAGGAGAGUGAAACCACGAGUCAGGCUCUUCAAGACAGAACUGUCUUCUGGGUUUAGUGUGAGUUGUUUGGCGACAGGAUUUUACCCUCGUCACAUCAACCUGACCCUGUUCAGAGAUGGACAGCCUGUACCUGAUCAUGAGAUCACUGGAGGAGAUCUGCUGCCCAAUGGUGACGGGACGUACCAGAUGAGGAAGAGUCUAGAGAUCAGUGCAGACGAACACAAAUACACCUGCUCUGCCACACACCUCAGUCUGGACAACAAACUGGACGUCACUUUAGAGUAUGAUCACAAGGAACCAUUUAAAUCAGUGAUUCCUUCGAUUCUGACAGUUUUGGCUCUGACAUUGGUGUUUGGAGUUGCAGCUGCUAUAUGGAAAAAACGAUGUGCAGACUCCUUAAAAAAUGGUUAUUCUAAUCCAACAUCUGAAGAAACUGUGGGAACAAAAUAAAAAAAGAUUAUAUAAUGUCCUGGAUGAGUGAAAUAUCUUCAAACAAUGAACAAAAAAUUCAGGAUGCUCAUAAAUGGAUCAUACAUCUUUAACAACACAAUUAACAAACUACAGUGCAUAAAUCCACUUGUUACAUAUGCACACAAUACCAAACGAAGGAAGCAUAAUGUCUGUUUGGUUUUCACCUGCUCCAUGAGGAGCUAUAUUCUGAAAAUGCUAAUCAACGCUAGGAAACUGCUGGAAAUGGACGGUGCAUAGUGUCUUUACGUUGCUGCUUUGACAGUGUUCUCUGACAUUGGCUGAUUGCCACAGCAAGUCUCACAAACACAAAAACUUAAAACAUUUACAAUGGGUAUUUUUAACACAUGUAAUUUUCGCAGUUAAAGGUUGCAUACACUGUUAGACCUUGCCGGGCUUUUUUACAGUAAAAUACUGGCAACACUGUCGCCAGUUAUUUACUGUAAUCUACAGUAUGUUACUGUAAAGAUACCAUGCACUAAAUUAAAACUCGUGUUACCUCAUUUCAUUUGCAGAAACCAAAGGCCUCAAAUUGUCAGAGUGCCAUUUAAAUUUACAAACUAAUUUUUAUUAUACGCUAAUAAUAGGAGCAUAUCAUCACAAUGAACUUAUUUCUUUAGAAUUCAAUAAAAACAUUUUAAAUAAAAAGACUGUCACUGCACCAGCAACUACACAGUCACCAUCUGUUAAAUAAAACAACAUGCAGCACAUCACCAUUGUCUCUCGAUCUUCUCCUGAACCUAAGCACAGGCUCUACUCUUCAGCACAAUGGUGACCCACAAAACUCAAUUUUACAGUAAACUACUGGCAACAGUGUUUGUAACUGUUAAAUUACAUUUUGUGAGUGUGUCUUUUUAUCUUACACCUUUAACCCUUUCAACCCCACAGGAACAUCCUCUAGUGUCCACGCUACAGAGUAAAAGUAACAUUGACGCUGUGUUGCAGUGAGAUAAUUAAGUUUAUACUUAAGUGAUGUUUGAGCAUUAAUGAUGAACACCUGCUGUUAACAAGCAGAACUACUGAAAAGAGGAACAAGAACAGAAUAAAUACUAGCAGAAACUACAACUACGAGCAGAAUUACAACUGUCUUCCAGCCAUUACACAUUAUUACACUUAUUACUAACCAGUUUAACUUUACUUCUACAGAAGAUCUUAUUGAGAAUUAACAGAAGUUUAGAUGUUGAUAUUUUGGUGAAAAUGUUUGGUUUGAUGUUACCAUUGAGGAGAUAAGCGUUUGCUUUAGUUGAGCUCUUUACCCAUGACCUUCUAAUACAUCAGUUUUAUUUUUUUCUUUGACUGAUUAAACUGUUCAAAAAUUGUUGGUGAUAAUACAACCAUCACAUAGUCUCUUGAAUCACUGAAUUCAUGCUUUUUUUUAUCUGUUGUUACAAUAUUAAAGGUCCUGUUUUUUUUG